AGAGUGAGAGCAAAAGGCAAAGAAAAAACUGAAAUUUUAACAGGAUUUAAUUGAUUGAAAAUUACAUUCAAGUACGAUUGAUAUGGAGACAAACGGCGAAACAUCGUCUAAAGAAAAUGGCGCCUUAAAUACAAAAAGAGGUUCGGUUCCCGACUCAACGAUUGGAAGUGUCUUAGAAACUGAAGUUUUAACCUCGGAUUCAGAGAGCAGUGACUUUGAUCGGGAAUAUACAUGCGAUGUUUGCGAUAAAAACUUUUCUGGUCUCAAGUCACUUAAGCAGCAUGAAAAAAGUGGGAAACAUUUGAAAGCGUUGCGGAAGGAAAAGCUAAAGAAAGACCUAGAGGAGGAUGAGAAUGAGGAUUCAGCCGAUGAAGAUUUCAGCUUAGAUCGGAACCAGAUCUACAAGGAAUGUGAAAUUUGCAGCAAAGAAUUUAACGGACCGGAGUCUUACCGCCUUCACAUACGAAGUAAGCGUCACAAACGAAAAGUGGCAAGCAGCAAGAUAUUGGAAAAGACAAAAGAGGGUGGGAAAGUUAAUGUAGACAAGCUUAAACAGAUUAUAAAAAUGAACUCAAGCGCCCAAGCAGCAAGUGAUGAAUCUGAUUCAUCAGAAGCUGAUGAUGAUACUACUGCAGAUAUUAUUGAAUGCGAAGACUGCGACAAAGUAUUCAGCGGCUUAGAACCAUUUCGGGAUCACAUGUCCAGCAAAACACACAAAAAGACAGUCAAGCAGAGGAAGAUGAUACAGAAGUUGGCUUCUUUCGAUCCUGAAAACGCAAUAGAAAUCGUAGAUGGGGAUUUAAGAUGCAAACUUUGUCGUACGAGCUUUACUGGACCAGAAAAUGCCUUAGCUCACUUAAAAAGCAAAGGUCAUUCAGAAUGGUUAGAAUUUAAAAGAUGGAAAAAAGAACGAAAGAAUUCGGAGAGGCAAGAAUCCGAAUUAGUCCCUGAAGCCAGUUCUUCGGCAAAACCAACUGGGAACAGUUCCUCGGGGAGUAGUAAGAAGACGUUUGAAAUUACUGACGGUAAUGAAACAACAGAACUCGAAACAGCUAAAGGAAACGAAGAAAAUAAAAACUUAGCUGCAGAAGCACGAAUAUCUUACAAAAAAUAUAAGGAAAGUAGUAUUUAAUAAGUCAGAAUCAAUCGAAUAAUGCAAACAAUGCAUUCAGUUGUGUAAUAACAAAUAGCAUAGGGAAGAUGGGUGCUUUCACAUACGAACUGUAUCUUUGUAAUAUUAACUCAAAUUCAUUUUCUCAAGGUAUGCUAUUGUUUUUGUUUUUUUACAUCAACAGUUUUAUUAAAAGAACAUAAAAUG